UACAGCAAGGGACCGAAGGCAAGCUGACCUGGAUGGAAUAGUGAGCAAGGAAGCAGCAGGGUGACGAGCACGGAGCCGUACUUCGUGAGCGAGGCGCUGUUCUGUCCGGAGGCGCAGCUCGUCAACUCGCGGCCAGUUCGGCUGCACGUCGCCACGCUCGGCCGCUGUCUCCAGCAGCCUCCAGAGGAGGACGACGUGGCUGGGCUGGAGGCGUCGCUGCGCGGCUACCUGCCGCAGGCGGACGCGCCCUUCAUCCUGGACAUCGACCUGGACUUCUUCAGCACGCGCAACCCUUUCCUCGGCCUGUACGAGCGCGCCGGGCUCUACCAUCGCCUGCGGCACAUCUACCGCUUCGAGAAGCCCGACGCCACCGACGCCGAGGCUGUGAUGACGGCAGUACGCCUAAGACAGCAGCAGGUCUCGGAACUAGAAGCUCUCUUCCAGCACCUGCAAGACCACGGCAGCCUGCCCGAAAACACCACUGGCGACCCAGCAAGAGUGUCUGCGGUGCGCGAGCUGGUGGCGGCGGUGCGCGAGGCGUACCCCGGCGAGCAGGUGGACUGGCCCAUGGUGCACGACGCGGGCUGCACCUGCGACGACACCGAGCUGCCGCACCACGUCACCACGCGGCCGGACAUCGAGCGCCUGGUGGCCGCCGUCUUCCGGCCGCUGCUCGGCCGCCUCCCCGGCAAACCCACCAUCGUCACCAUCUCCAGGUCCAGUGAGGACGACUACUGCCCACCAGAGGACGUGGACUUCAUCCAGGAGGCGGUGCUGAAAGAACUGCGCCUCAAGUUCUCCCCGGUCAAGCUGCAGCUCGCCUACCUGGAGGAGGGAGACCACUGAACAACUGGAAGACUGCCACUAGCAUGCCAUUUUUCAUUUAGUUUCGUAUGAGGUUGACGCUUAUCGUCAGCUUUAGUAGUUUUUACCAUGCAUAAUUUUACACAGUUUCAUAUCAAAAGACUGAUUUUAGAUAUAAGUCACGGGGAUUUGGUGAAUGGUAUUUUGUAAUGCAGAAUCGUAAAUUAAUGUACUCUUUUUUUGUGACAAGUAAAUGAAUGUUAUGCCUGA